GUUGAUUAUUUAUGGUCAACCACACGCUAUAUGUUCAGGAGUGUUUCUUUUGAGUGCCAGCACAUAAAUGGUGUACCAUGCCCACAAUGCUACAUCUGUGAUCAGACAUUCUGCUCCACAGCAAAACUAGUAAUUCUGGCAAAAUCAUGAGCCACCUCUGCCAACUGAACUCUAGUAACAGUGAAUGAAAUGUAGUUCCUGUGAAUCCUGUCCUCCCUUUCGCAAGAGAACAGCAAACUAAAUGUUGCAAACACCACUCUCCUAUUGACUUUUGCAAUGGUGCAAAGUACCAAACUGUUGUAUAAUCGCAGAAAUCACUAAUAACAAAUAAAUUUAGCAACAACUAACCAGCGACUAGUUAAUAAUCCCUUCCAAAAAUCCUGGUUGGUAUCCUUUCUGCUGUGUUCAUCUCAGAAGCUGGGAGGGUGCUAUUCGAUACACUGAAAGUACGAUGACAGCAAUGGCAUAAAUUCAGCCUGGCAUUUGCUACUUUGUUGACUGAAUGUUUUAAUCUACCUUGCCUAUUAAUGUCAUCUGUGCCAAUUGCCAUGGCUGCUGAGGGAGAGACCACAACACUUGCAAAACUUCUGCACCUGAUUUUCCUGUCCACAUUCUGGGGGAUGCAGAUAUGGGUGACAUUUAUAUCCGGUUUUAUCAUGGGCAGCAAUCUCACCAGACACACGUUUGGCUUCAUCCAGAGCAAACUCUUUCCAUCCUACUUUCACCUAGGGUGUGCCUGCGCAUUCUUUAACUUAAUCAUCUUUGCGCUGCAUCAUCCCAGUGAACGGUUAAACGAAGAGGAGACAUUUCAGAUUAUAAUUUUGUUCAUUUGUGUGGCUUUUGCUGCACUCAACGCUCAAUGGUUUGGGCAGAUAACCUCUGAAAUCAUGGCCGACAUGCAUCUGAUUGAAAAGAGUUGUGGGCUUGGUCAGGAUAUCGGAAUGUCAACCAACAGAGAGGCCUACAACCAGCUGAAAGAGAGCAACCUCAAAUACAAGGCGUUUUCUAACCAACUUGCACUGUAUCACAAUGUCUCCUCUUCAUGUAAUCUGUGUUGUCUUAUUUGUAAUGGGAUAAGUUUGUACUACAUGGCAGCCAAUUUAUCCAGAUUAUAAAAAUGGUAAGAGUAAAAUACCCAAAGGAAUGGUGACACAUAUGGAGAAGUUUUAUUUUUAAAUCAGAACUUGAAAUGUAAAUCACUGCCUUGUUGACUGGGGGACAGCAAACCAAAUGGAUCUCUCCACCAUUAUUGUUUUAAGUAUCAACAGCACAACUACAGCAUGUAAAUAAAGAAGUGAAUCCAAAA